AUCUUGCGUCCUACGCUCAUCGUCUUCAUCUUCCUUCCUCCGUAUUUCUCUGCCACCUAUAUCGGCUACCCCCAUGACAAACCAGAAACCCAUUCCCAUCACUGUUUUCACUGGAUUUCUUGGCGCCGGGAAGACAUCCAUCAUUCUCUCCCUCCUUGAGCAUCUGCCCAAAGGUUACCGCGCUGCACUGCUUAAGAACGAAUACGGCGAUGUGGAGGUCGACAGUAAGCUUGCACAACAGUCUAGCUUGACUGCUGUCAGCGAGAUCCUGAAUGGAUGCAUGUGCUGCGUCCUUGUCGGCCAGAUGCAGAACGCAUUGCUAGAAAUUAGAGACAAGUACAGGCCGGACCGCAUAUUCAUCGAGUGCAGCGGCUCGGCAUUCCCCGCCACGCUUGCGUUCCAGAUCCGCGAGCUCGAGCGGCAGACGGGGGGCGAUUUGAAGCUGGAUGCGAUUAUCACGGUCAUCGAUGCGGAGAACUUUGUGGGCUACGAGGAUACGUCGCCAACUGCGAAGAUGCAGGCGAGUUAUUCGGAUGUGAUUCUUAUUAACAAAUGGGAGCACGUCUCCGAGCGCGAUCUCGACAUCGUCUACGACCACCUGCACACGCUGAACGACCUGACGCCCAAAAUCCGCUGCAAGGGCCGCGCCGGCGUCGACCCCUCGCUCAUUUUUGGGCUCGACACGCAGCUGUUCAAGGACGGGGCGGAGAGCUUUGGCGACGCGGCGCACAAUGACGAGGUGGAGACGGUAACGGUGGCGUCGGCGCCGCCAGAGCAUCGCCAUGAGCACGGGCACGAGCAUUCCCCGGAAAAGUCUGGCUCGCCUCCUUCCGUGGGCUCACAUGAGGGAUCGACCCCAUCCGUCAUCGCGCCGAAACCCAUAUCCGAAGGAACCCUCACCUCUGCACUCGGGGCGCUCUCUCGCGAAUCCGUCUGGCGCGUCAAGGGAUUUGUUGACUUACAAGACAAAGGACCGCAUAUCCUGAACUGGGCGUUUGGGAGGUACGAUCUGGUGCCGACGUCUGUCGCGGGGCCGGGGGUGAAGCUCACCGUGAUGGGCGAGCGCGGGGAAGUGAAGCGCGCAGCGAGGAAGCUGGCUGCGGCGUUGGGAGCGGAGCUCUACUAG